GCGUGACGUCAGCGGACCUGGCAACCCGCGCAGACUCAAACAUCAUGGCGGACGAAGCGGAGCAGCAACCGACCACCAACACAGUGGAGGAGCCGCUGGAUCUGAUCCGACUGAGUCUGGACGAGCGAAUCUACGUGAAGAUGAGGAACGACCGGGAGCUGCGUGGCCGACUGCACGCCUACGAUCAGCAUCUGAACAUGAUCCUGGGGGACGUGGAGGAGACGGUGACGACGGUGGAGAUCGACGAGGAGACGUACGAAGAACUUUACAAGUCGACCAAGAGGAACAUCCCCAUGUUGUUUGUGAGAGGAGACGGCGUGGUGCUCGUAGCUCCGCCCCUCAGGGUGGGAUAACCUCAAGGGCUUCCUGGUUUGGACGAGCGGCGGUGACAGCUGAGGAGUUUCUCACACUGAGGGGGGGAGGGGGGGCUGUCCUGUUAUCAAAUCGAUUUGGGGGACGUGGUGAUUUCAGGCCACCCUUUCUCAGGACAUUUCAUUUGGUUCCUGAAUCGUCUCUGUUUUCUUUUUUUAACCAGAACAACUGAAUAUUCUUUUUAAACAUUUCCAGAGGAGUUAGUCGCCUCUUAAUUCCUGUGGCUUUAAGUAAAAGAUAGAAAAGUCUCAUCCUGCCCUCAAAUAGCUGAACUGCUCCAUUAAUGACGGAGUUAACUUGUAGCCUGAUUUAAGUUCAAGUUAAAAAAUAAAAGUGGUGCAGACGGGUUUGAUCAAUUUGAAAUUAAUCCUCCAAACUUCUGUGUCUCUAAACUAAAGUCCUGCAGUUUCUCUAAAGCCCUGAACUGUGAAUGUGGGAAAGUUGUUUGAGUUUUUUCUUUGGGAUGAUUUUACGUUGAAUCUUUUUAUACAUAUUUUUGUAGCGUUGUGUUGAAUGUGGCAUCGUGGCUCAGAUGUGUCAACUUUUGUUUUCGUUUUUGGUAAACUUGAAUAAAAAAGAUGAUUUAAAAAAAAAAAA